AUGACGACCAAGAGUCCUCUGCACGGACAUUUAGAUCCGAACGCCGCGCGCUCCAUCCCGGCGGCCGGCGCGCAUGACGCGGCGGCCAAAGCCAAGCGCGGCAACUCGGGGUUGAGGCGGCCCGAGAAACCCCCCUACUCCUACAUCGCCCUCAUCGUCAUGGCCAUCCAGAGCUCUCCCAGCAAGAGGCUAACCCUCAGCGAGAUCUACCAGUUCCUACAGGCGCGCUUCACCUUCUUUCGAGGCUCCUACCAGGGAUGGAAGAACUCUGUCCGGCACAACCUGUCGCUCAACGAGUGCUUCAUCAAAUUGCCCAAGGGCCUCGGCAGACCCGGCAAGGGUCAUUAUUGGACAAUCGACCCGGGUAGUGAGUUCAUGUUCGAGGAGGGUUCGUUCCGACGAAGACCUCGCGGCUUCCGGAGAAAAUGCCAAACGUUUAAACCCGUGUAUAGGAUGAUGAACGGCAUCGGGUUCGAUUUCCAGGCCGCGUCGGGCCCGUUAGUUUGUCACAACGGCUACAAUUUGGAUUUCAACUCGAUGCCUCACGGAGGUUUCGAUGGUGUCACGGGGGGACAUUAUGUGUCCCCCGGUUCCGGCUCGUCAUAUAUGAGCGCGACCCCUAAUGUUGACUACAUCUGCCCGGAUAGCGGCGGCAGCUCACUGCAGUCCUCCCCGGCCUUGGUGGGCUCCGUGGAAGGUCAAAGUCUUUACGGAAACACAGCCCCCCACUGGAGUUCGUCUGCCGUUUCUCCGUAUAUUAAACAGCAGACUCUGACGGCUAAUAACGGCACCGGUGCUGCCCACAAUGCUCUGCACACACACGGGAUGGCGUCCUCUUCUCUGGAUCAAAGUUAUCUUCAUCAUAAUGGACGGGAUUCUGCUGACAUUCCAGCGGGACUGUCUCGGUACUCCAGCCACUCCAGUGCAGUGUGCGAGCGGAAGGAUUUGGUUUUAAGCCUCAACGGGAUGUCCUCUCUGCAUUCGAGCACCGGAGCAUCUUAUUAUCAUCAUCACCAUCCCCAUCAUCACCAACUGCACCAUCACCAAAGUGCCUAUCAGGACGUCAAGCCUUGUGUCAUGUGA